AUGGAGAGCAGUGAUUCGGCCAUCCUCAUUUCACCUUCCCAGCGACUCAGCAGCACAGACAUCUACGAUUGCAGUUAUAAGAAACACAUCCCCACAUCUUACUGCCCUGCCAGAAAUUUCGAGAAAAAUGAGGCCACCUUGAUAGCAGAGGGAGCUGCUCAGUCCACCCGCCUUUUCCGUAACAACAUGAGGAUGUUACAUAGGAGGAAUAUGCAUACUAACAAAGUCCCUCUCACCACCGCAGUCACAACCGUCGCCUCCGGAGUAAUGAAGUCUGAGACUCCAAGGUUCGCACUAAUGAAAGUGUAUGAAGAAGAAGAAGAAGCAGCAGAGGACGAUCUAGGGACGGUAAAAAAAGAAGGCGGGGUUGUAGGGUUGAUGGAGUCUCCAUCCGCGAAUAACCGAAUGUCUCGUGAGGCCUUUCUCCAGCAAUCAAAGGAGCAACUAGCUCUACCGGAAACUCUCUUAUCUCAAGCAUCCACUACUCAUACCUUGUCUGAACUCAAAGUCGCUCUCUCCACCGCUCUCGCUCGAAACGCACGUCUUCUGGAGCAGCGUCGCACACAAACCGCUCAAUACCUACAGCUUCAGCGCCAGGCCGAUGCGCUUAGCGCAGAGCUGGAUGCUUCUGUUGAUAAUCUCCGCCAUCACCGAACUCGUUGGGAGGCAGAGAAGCUCAGAUCCUUGCAAGAGGCUCGGGAGCUUCGCCAACAACUAGCAGAAGCCCUUGCAGCUCUUCAAACCGCUUCACAACGCUCCCCCAACUGUCCCGCUCCUAUUACUCAAGACAAGGGAGAGCCGAGUGAAGGUUGUACUCUAUGCGAGCAGCGAAAUUUAGAGGUGUCAGCGCUACGAAUCGCGGUGGAGCGGCUGGAGGGUGAAAUGGCACGCCAGCGGCGCGGAGCAGAACAGGAGGCGGCCCAGUGGGCGGUGCAGUUAGCAGACGCAGCAGCAGAGAAUCGGUCGCUUCGGCUUCAGCUCUCUCGCUCCGGUAACACCGUCUUUUCUAGUUCUGCCUCCUCUGUCCGUGAAAGCGAGAUAGAAGACAGUUGUAUCAACUGUCGGCGGUUGCAGCAGUUGGUUGAUGUGUUGCAGGCAAAGCGAGGUGUCGGUGAAAAAAAUCCUCAACUCGACGUUAUUCCCGCUUCUUGUGAAAGAUGUGUUGAAGCAUGUGAGGCUGCAACACAAACCGAAUGCGUUGGCGGAAGUUCUCCAGAACAUAUGGUAGAAGACGCAAGUCUCUUCGAUCUCCUUGAGUCGGGCGGUCAAAUCAACGAUUUUCCCGGCACCUAUUUCGAAAAACAAUUGGGCGAGACGGUGGAACUUCAGCAAGGGUGUAACUCACCUUCACCCACUUCUGCUCCUUCUACAGACCGUUCAGUUGACGUCUCUCGCCUUUUAGAGCGUCUGCGUCUAUUAGAAGCCGAAGUUGAUUCCUCCGCAGAUCAGUUGAGAGCGAGUAAUGACGAAUUUCUCCAACUAAGGGAGCGUCUGACUACUGCUACUGUGGAGAAGGCCCAUCUCAAAGCCACUCUUGAUGGAUUAGAUGACCAGGUGAUUCAAUUGGAGGCUGCAUUGUUUGAGAGGACGAAGGAGCUACGAAAAUGUCAGGCUGAGCUUUCUCACUACCAGAAGCCUCAGCCUUGUGUACUCAAACUGCAAGGCGACCUCGGAAGGUUAACAACAAGUCCUCCACGAACUGUGCUGCGUCAGACUUCAUUCCAGUGCAGGAAAGCUGUGCUGCCUUACGUAACCGGGGCUGCGAAUUUCUUCAACAGACGGCUAGUCACGAAGUUUAGUCGCAUGUGGAGCGCGGUGAAUGUGCGCGUUGUCAAAGUAAUUGACUAUCGGUUAGUAGGAUCGCGGGGCCCUCGUGUGAUGCUCUUCCUUGUUCUUCUCAUUUAUCUUGCUUUCCUCCACCUCCUCCUCGUCAAUUGCCUUCUUCGGUGA